GUGGUGCUGGUGGGAAAGGAACUUGGGGAAAGCCUGGGAGUGAAUUGAUGGUGGAACAUGAGGAUAUUAUAUCAGAUGUUAGGGAUCCUAACUAUGAUUUUGAAAAUCAGGAGGACUGUGAAUUUGAAGCUAUUGCACCAGAGUUAAAUACUGAAGACUUGGAGAAAACUGUUGAUCCCGCAAUACAUGAAUAUUUUGAACAUGGUGAUACACAAGAAGUUAUAGUUACUCUUGAAGAGCUGAACUUGGGCAAACUAAGACCUCAGAUUGUAUCAAUGGCUGUAAGCCUUGCAAUGGAACGUAAACCAUCUCAACGAGAGAUGACAUCUGUUCUUCUUUCUGAUAUGUAUGGGCAGAUACUUCAACAGGAAGAUAUAGCUGCUGGUUUUGAUUUGUUGUUGCAGAAUUUACCUGACCUUGUUCUUGAUACACCUGAUGCUGCAACUGUUUUGGGAAAUUUCAUUGCCCGUGCUGUUGCCGAUGAUUGUCUGCCCCCAAAGUUUGUUCAAAGUUAUAAGGGCAAAGUAGAGUGCAUGCAUGCAAGAGCUGCUUUGGAACAUGCUGAUGCUCUUUUGAGUAUGAAACAUGGACUAGUGCGUUUGGAUAAUGUAUGGGGCGUUGGUGGAGGCAUGAGGCCUGUGAAGUAUUUAAUCAACCAGAUGCAUCUGCUACUGAAAGAAUAUAUAUGUUCGGGUGAUAGUUCAGAGGCAUGCCGUUGUAUACAAGAGCUUGAAGUGCCCCAUUUUCAUCAUGAACUUGUGUUUGAAGCUGUAAUAAUGGUUAUUGAAGAUAUGCGGGAAAAAACAAUGGAUCUUAUGUGUAAGCUUUUCCAGGUUUUGGCAUCUAGUGUUAUCGUUACCCCUGAUCAAAUGACAAGGGGAUUCUUCCGGGUAUAUGAUGAAAUGCCUGAUAUUUGUAUUGAUGUGCCUCAAGCUUACACUGUAUUGGAGAAAUUUGUUACUAAGUGUCACAAUGCUGGCUUUUUAUUAGAUGAAGUUGUAAGAAAGAUGCCAUCCCGUGGACGAAAACGCUUUGUUUCUGAAGGAGAUGGAGGAGCUGUAAAGACAAAUUCCUACUAAUUUGUUUACCCUACAUACCAUGUCAUUGUUAUUGCAUGUGCAUCCUUUUUGUAUGUAUAUGUGUGCAAAGUUUCAGUAACUUUUUUUAGAAAUAGUUAAUCUGUGAAAUGGUAAAAAGUAAAUCUGGGGAUAUUGGAUGUGCAGGUUAUUUUGACAUGUAUUGUGAAAUCAUAAGUCCUUGUGAUGUGGCGGCAACUGCAUGUUUAACAGUUUUUCCAUAAUAAAGAGGUUCAUGUGUUAUGUCAAAAAAUUAUAUAUAUAUAUAGUGAGAAGUUCUGUAAUUUUUUAAUGUUAAUUAAAGCAAGCUUCCCAGUUUUAUGCCUAAAAAUUGUCAAUAUGUGCAGCAUACUUGAAAAUUGUUUUAUUAUAAGAUAAAGCUGUAUUGAAAACCAAAAUCUCAGUUUUUCUUAAAUUUUACUGUAUAAAUUUGAUGGUUCAUAAAAACUUGUUUUGAUGUUAUUUUGUAUAAAUGUGUUCACAUUUCUUAAAUAGAAGGGAAUAAUCUCAAAAUUCUCCAUGUAUUAUCUUAUACAGCAUUAUGUAACAAGUACUUUUCUUUUUUACUUAUUGCAGAGAAACAAAUUUAUGUGUUAAGAGUUUUAUGUAUCUUCAAAGUCAGAAUAAUCAUGCAGACAUUGCUGAUAUAAAUUUUUUUCAAAAUGUUUUAACUUCUACAAUGUGGUGGAUUUUUAUAUUUCAGGUAAAAUGUGAGUUAAUCAGACUUUUAAAUAAAAGUGUUUGUUCAUUUGUGUUCCAUUAAAAUAAUAUGGGAUAAAGUAGGUUUCCAAAUUGUAUGAAUGGUGACAUGUUGAAGAAUUCAUGAUCAUGUGUUAUAUAUAGUUUGUGAAAUUAAAAUAUUUGUGUGGAUUGUUGAAAAUUUGUAAACUACAUACAUAAGUAAUGUAAAUUAAAGAUCAGCAUAUAGUAUAUAAUUAUGCAUCUUAAAAAUUCCAAUGGUCUUUUCUGUGAACUUUUAUGUAAGACAUUUUACCUUAAAUAUGAGACAAAAUGAGAGGUGUGACACAAAAAUAAACAAGACUUGUCCAAUAAAUCAUUGUACUUACAGAAUCAGUUCUCCGUGACAUUAUCACCUUCAAAGUAGUUACCUUCAGCUUUCACACACUUCUGUAUUAGGCACUAUCAUUGCUGGUAAUAGUUCUGGAAUGAGGUUUUUGGAAAUCCCUUCAGGAGAUUCUCGGUUUUUGCCUGAACCUCUUCAGCUGAGUUAAAAUGGCAUCCCUUUAAGCAAGAUUUAACUUUAGGAAAUAAAAAAAGUCAAAUGGAGCCAAAUCAGGUGAAUAAAGAGGAUGCCCCAUCACAGUAAUGUUUUUGCUGGUCAGAAACUGCUUAACAGAUAGGCCCAUGUGAGUGGAUGCAUUAUCUUGGGGCAAUAGCAAUCCAUCACUCCACAACUGUGACCUUUUUUCCCCACAAAUUUUUUUUAGUACUUCCGCGUAGUUGUGUUGAUGAACACUGACCACUGGGAACCCACUCAAUCAUUACAAUUCCAUUAAUGUUGAUGAAAACAAUUAACAUUGCCUUGAAUUUUGAUUUUGACUUGCGUAAUUUGUCCUUUUCCCGUGAAAACCGCUCAUGCCAUUCAAACACAUGACAGUGAGACAGUUUCAUCUCCAUAAGCCUUAUUAACAUUUGAAAUGUUUUCGUGGCUGAUUUUCUUAAGUUUCACAAGAAACUUGAUGUUGAUUCGCUGUUCAGUUUUUACAUUAGACAUUUCUUCUGGCAGAAUGCAGUGGCACAUGUUCACUCAAUUAUGCACUCCCAACUUGUGUGAUUGGUUAAGUCGAAACUGGUUGCAUUGGAUAGAGAAAGUGUGUGGGAUGACAUCACCAAAACAGUUUUUGCCAACUCCACUCUUUUUCAAGUUAAAUUUAAUCUUUCUUUUUUUUUUUUUUUUUUUUUUUUUUUGAUUGUGUGUUGUGUGUGUGUGUGGGUCCACCUCCUAGAUAAAUAUUGUAUUUUUAAGAUUAUAUAUAUGAAAAAAUAUAUUUUAUAUAAUUAAUUACAAUAAAUGGAAAAAUAUUAUUUUUGGGGGGGAUGUACCUAUUUUCCCUUUAAUAAUUUAACAGAAAUAGCAAAUAUUGAAAAAUAUAGUACUAUGUAUUUUUUUGUUAAUGCAUAAAACAUACUUCUGUUUUGAGCAUGGAGAGCUAUUGUUCACCAAUUGUGAUACAACUGUAUUAUGGAAAAGGUGCUAGGUGUGUACAAGCAAUGUAUUUGAAAAAUAUAAUGUCAUUCAUAAAAAUGAUUUUGAAUUGUAAGAAAUAUGAAAAUUCCAAGGUAAUAUUCCAUUUUCAGAUGUUCAUCCCCCCUCAAACAAAUUCAUAAAUUGUAAAAUAUAGUAAUGAUUAUAGGUAUUAUAAACAAAUAUAAUUGCAAAAUAAAUACAUUAUGGAAUUCCAUUGGCAUUCAAAUUCUUGCAGGUCAUCUUCCCCUUUUCUGACACUCUAAUUCUGAGUUAUAGAAAGUGGAUUUAACAAUCCCCCUUUCAUCUUCUGAAUAAUUUUUAAUCACAAAAUUUACCUAAUAUUGUUGUUAGUUUGCUUGAUAGCAAAUUGUUAGAAUCGUUAUUUUUGGAAGUAUUUCCGAUUAUGAGUAUUAUAAAGUGAACUCAUUUUUGUAAGAGUAUUUUUUAAGCAUUUAAUUUUUCUUUAUUAUUUUUUCCUUUAUUUCCUUUUAUAUAAAAACUGUUGUUAAAGGUCAUGCUUGUGAGGCUGGAGAAUUGUUUGAGACAGUCGUGUGACUUCUUGUGUCUUAAUAAAUUUGAGAUUAAAUUAUG